GUACAUGUACAAUGGAUACCUCAUUCAUAUAAACAAAUCUAUGAACCAAUACAACACAACACAGAUAUACAUGUUUUCCGAAUAUCACUGAUACAAUGAUGUGUGUACAUGAAUUAACGUUUCAUCAUAGGAGUUAUAAAACAACACAAGUGUCGGACAUUGUACCAUUUUUAAAUCUAAUCUAAUCACUAAACCUCGAACAAGGAGAACUGAUGACAGGAGGAAGACGUUAAUAUUAGUCGUCAACACUAUCAUUUACCUAUAGAAUACUUCAGUUAAACACACGGAUCGAUUAUAUAUUGUCGGAUUUCACCAUAAGCGGAAAUAAUGAACUCAGAGAAACACCAUGUAUUUUCAAUUUCUUCAAUAGUAUUUUAUUGCCUAAUUUUACCAGGUGAGUAGUAGAAACCAAAUGAUAUACAUGCAUAUAUAUAUACAUUUAUUGAUUGUAGGUAUUUGCCUUGUGAAUUCGCAAACAGUAUUCAUUCCUAAUUUCCCGGAGUAUAUACAAGGAGUGUCACUGCCGGAUUUAUUAUCUGUCAACAAUUCAAAUAACAUUGAAUUUACAGUUAAAAUUUUGCCGAAUGAUACAACUGUCUCUUUAACAGAUGUCAACUAUUGUAAACGCUUGUUUUCAGCGAAUGCUGAAGCGCUAUGUCUAUUUCAAUACUCUUAUGACACACUGUUGAGCAUAAAAAACGAUUCUUUUACAAAUAGUGGUGAUAGCAACAAAGAUAACCUGCUCAAUGGGAAGAGGAUGCCUUAUUUAACAAGAUCAUUCACUCAACAAAGACCAGUAUUAAUAGCUAAACAUAUAAAAAAGAAUAAUGAUUUAAUUCAAAAAGAUUCAUGGUUUAUGAAUGCAGUGUACUUCUUGUAUGCAUUCCAUUCAUCUAUAUGGUCAUUGAUUUUACUGUAUGCAUUAACGACUGGUUCAUUGUUAUUUAUUUUCGAGUAUACACGGCCUACAAGUGAAAAAUACACAAUAAUUUCACCUUCAAGUGAUGAACCGAGAUUAAAUCUCUUAGAUUCGUAUUUAUAUACGUUUCGAGCUCUAUUUUUACAAUCCUACAACAAAUUACCAAAAUCAUGGGGUGGAAUGACAAUCACAUUGUUUUGGCAUGCUUUUUGCCUUAUUUGUAUUAUUGCCUAUACAAUGGGUACAUCAGAAUUGAUUUUCAGGCAAUACACUGAUGACAACAUAAAAGCCAAGCCUUAUACACAAACAGAUCAAACUAAUCAAACAAUUUAUUGUCGUUUAAAUGACAGAUUAUGUCAGUAUUUUGAAAAGAAAUUUCAGUAUCCAAUAAUAAAAUGGUCAAAUGUUCAACAAACACCAGAGAUUUCCAAUGAAUCAGUGAUACUGCUAACAGAUCAUAUACAUGCACAUUAUCUACAGACAUUAAAAAAUGAUAAAGAGAAUUGGGAAUUGAUCACACUGAAGUGUAAUACUACUGAAAAUGAUGACAGUAGUAUUAUUGGUGAUGAACAAUUCAAUGAUAUGCCUAUAAUGGAAAUGGGAUUUUUAACUUUCAGUGAGAAAUCGCUAUGGCAAAUGAAUAUUUACCUAAAGUAUUUGGAAGAUUCUGGAAAACUGCUGGCCAAGGAAGAAUUCAAAGGAGAACAAAUCUUUAGUUUCCUACCUAAAUCUCAAGUGUAUGCCAAUUUGUGUACAGGCAACAAGGAUGAUUUUAAUGGUAGAAUACCAAUUCGUUUAAAACAAAUGAAUGGAGUACUAAUAUUCAUGAUUGUUGGCGGUUUUUGUGGAAUUAUAACACACUUAUGUGAAUAUAUUUACUACAUGGUUAUGAAUCGAUAAUCUCUAUUAACUUAAUUUCGAUGUGUCAUUGGUGUCAUUGAAAUUGUCUAUUGCUUUCCAACUUUUUGUUUAAAACGAAGUAAACUCUUAUGAUAGAGAAAUUAAUCUGACCGCUUCCAUUCCACAUACAGUUGGCAGUAGUUGCCUAGCAACUCUUUUGUUUUAAUGUUUUCAUACAUAUUUUUUUAAUACUGGCAAUUAAUAUUGCUGAUAUUUUGAUUGAAUAUAUGUGUGUAUUUGAUUAUCCCAAUAUUAGUUCCGUUUUCU